AUGCGCGCCAACACCACCCAGAAAGCCUACGAUGAGGCUUUCUUGGCCUGUUCGACCGCAGUGUACUUUGAGAGCCAGAACAACGAGCCAGAAGCAUUGCGAUCUUGGAGGACAGCCCUCGACCAUAUCAAUUACCAUAAUUCUCGUCGCAACCCCUCGACAUACCGCCCCGCAACCGAAACAGAGAGAGCGCUCAUCGAAUCGCUACGUCAGCUAGAACUGCAGUGCAAGGAGCGUGUAGACCUUUUGGAAACCUUGAAAAGGAGCCGAGAGGAUUCGAGGGAAAGCUUGACCUCAGUGUCGUCUGACACGAAUACACCAGUUGCACCGUCUCAUGGAGCGGCUCAAUCACCAAAUGGAGCGAACCCAUCUUCUUCGUGGCUCGGGAAUGGUUCUAUACCACCGUUGGAUUAUACCGAUCUCUCACGGCCACCGCUACCUUUGCGCCCCGCGAUGGUGCCUCGCAAAAGCUCUGGCAAUGGGUCAACACGAGAAAACAGCCUAUCACAGACUCGGAGCGCAUCAAAUUUGUCCCCAGGCCCUGUAGGCGAGAACAAAGCGCGUACACCAUCCCCAGAGAAAAGCGGUAGAUUAUUGCGGACACUGAGACCUGGAAGGGAGGGUAAAUCAUCAUCAGGAAAGAUGCCCAACUCGUUGAGGAGCCGCCCUGAUGCUUCAAAAGCAGCUACUCAAGCAUGGACUGUCAGGACCGCAUCAGCUUCGAGCCGCCCUGUCCUGGGCCCGUCAAACCCAUCAACUUCUUCAACGAUUGCUUCAGUACGCUCAUCGAUAGACAAGUCAGCUGCUGAAAGGCCGAACAUAUCCUCGAAUACUCAGUCGCAACUGCCAUACGUACAAGCACCGCUCUCUUCAAGAGCUGACCACCGCUCGGCAUUCACUGCUCAUGUAGCUUCAGUUCCUAUCGAUGAUAAUGAGCCUCAGCCUACCAGAACUCGAGCUGCUGAGCGAGCAGCACCGCCAGUUCCCCGAAAAUCAGUAGAUUCAGGACGAUUGGUGGGCACGCCAUUGGGAAGCAUAGCAUUGCCUUCGUACCGAAACGAAUAUCCUAAAACUAUGCCCGAUCCGCGAAACCUCGCUGCAUCGGCAGCGGCACACUCAUAUGGCGAUUGUGGUGUUGAGAGAGGAGGUGGUAAGGGGAGUGUCAUGUGGGAUCCAACCACACGACGACUAGUACCGAAACCUGCAAAUAACAACGUGCGCACACGAACUGAUUCCGAGCAAGAUGAUCUGUCUGAAUCUAUAGCAAUUGAAGCUGACGGGAACGUUGCCAAACAAAGACGGUCUCCAGUACAAAAGGUCAGAGGUAGAGGAAACUCGAUUCGUGCAGAGCUACCCGAUACCCCGAGCACGGACAGUGCCGAGGGCGAGGAAGAAGUAGAAGAGAUGGACGAAUGGAAACGACGAACAGAAGAAAUCAUGAAGAAUCUUCCGCGAGGUGUCGACAAGCAAGCAGCGCAGCAAAUCCUGAACGAGAUUGUGAUACAGGGAGACGAAGUACACUGGGACGAUGUAUCGGGAUUGGAGGUGGCAAAAUCAGCUUUGAAGGAAACAGUGGUUUACCCGUUUUUGAGGCCGGAUCUGUUCAUGGGUUUGCGAGAGCCAGCACGCGGCAUGCUUCUCUUUGGACCUCCGGGAACCGGAAAGACAAUGUUGGCAAGAGCGGUGGCAACUGAGUCAAAGUCAACGUUUUUCGCCAUUUCUGCAAGCAGUCUAACAUCCAAAUUCCUGGGCGAAUCAGAGAAACUUGUUCGUGCGCUAUUCCAGUUGGCUAAGAUGCUUGCGCCGUCAAUCAUAUUUGUUGACGAAAUUGAUUCACUCCUUUCGUCACGGUCCAGCUCUGGGGAGCAUGAAGCAACACGUCGCAUCAAGACUGAAUUUCUCAUUCAGUGGUCUGAUCUGCAAAAGGCGGCUGCUGGAAGUGCAGUGACUGAACGGGAGAAAGAGAAGGGCGAUGCUAGUAGAGUGCUUGUGCUGGCUGCAACGAAUCUUCCAUGGGCUAUUGACGAAGCAGCAAGACGAAGAUUUGUAAGGCGACAAUAUAUCCCACUGCCAGAGGACUGGGUCAGGAAGCAGCAGAUCAAAACGCUGCUGAGUCAUCAGAAACAUGAGCUUAGUGAUGAGGACCUCGAUCGUUUGGUAGAGCUGACUGAAGGUUUUUCUGGGUCUGAUAUCACAGCACUUGCCAAAGACGCUGCCAUGGGUCCUUUGCGUUCACUAGGGGAAAAGUUACUUUCUAUGACUAUGGAUCAGAUACGGCCAAUACAAUACCGAGACUUUGAGGCUAGUCUUCAGACCAUCCGACCGUCGGUAAGUAAACAGGGACUGAAGGAAUUCGAAGAUUGGGCCGCACAGUAUGGUGAGCGCGGAGGUUAA